AAAUGGAGGCCCUUUCUCUGAUCACUACUAUUACAACAAGACAAAUAGAUUAAAAGAACAUGGCACCCAAGCUAUCGAGAAACCAAUCAGCAAACCAAUUGACUAUAUUGAAAUUUAAGAGGCAUAGAAGCACUUAUACAUUACCAUUUACUUUUCCAAAUAAGUCAACAAUCACGGUUGAUCACUUCAUUACCCAAUUAAUAGACGCGAUCAACAAUUCAGGUGGCUUGUUAUUGGAAGAUAAGGAUGAUGCUUCGUACGAUAACGAAAUAAAUGAAGACGAUAUAGAAGUUCCUAAGUCAGAACUUAUUGAUGACGAUGGUGAUGUCAAAUUAGAAGAGGGUGGCGAUGAUAACAGAAAGUCGGUCACUAAAAACGAUAUUAGUAUUGCAAUUCCAAAAGAUAAAAGCUCACCGUACGAUAACCAAUGGAUUCCUAUAGAUGAUGCCAACUUGAAAGAUUUAAUCUUUAGUGACUAUGACAUACUUGCGUUUAAAUAUGUGAAUGAUGGUGACUUUGAAGUUAUUGAAGCUGCUUACGAAGACCAGUGAUCUACAGUAGAAUACAAAUUAGAAAAUAAGGAAAAUAAGUAUAUACUUAUCACUCUAUAUAAUAAUACAUAAG